GCCGCUGUAAGUGAUUUAAACGCUCUUUCUAUUCUCACGAAACACGGAAGUAAGAGCAGACGCCAAACAACAUGGCUGAGGGAGGCAAGGAUGAGACUGUCGAAGAAAAGUCAAAGAAACUUCGAGAUUUGUUUCUUUCUAAGCAUUCAGGAGAUAUAGAAGCUGGGCAUUAUGAUGACAGAGACGUAAAGAAAUUCAAUGAAGAUGAUGCAUAUGUUGCCUCUUUUAUCAGAACAUAUGAAACACUACAAGAGGCAGCCAAUCAUCUCCACGAGUCACUCAAGUUUCGUCUCGAAUAUGGCGUCAAUGAUCUCAAAGAAGACAAUUUUCCUCAAGAAAUGUGGGAAACAGGUGCAAUGUAUUAUCAUAACCAUGACAAAGAUGGAAUCCCAAUAUUAUAUAUACAAGUGAAACAGCAUGUAAAAGAUCCACAGUUAUUACCUACAAUAAAGAAAUGGUUUGCCUAUCAUUUGGAGAAACAGUAUCUUAAAGACCCUGAAUCAAGCAUUGUUCUACUCUUUGAUCUAGACGGUGCUGGUAUGGCUCAGAUAGAUAUGGAGUUUGUGAAACACAUUAUCAACAGUUUCAAGUUAUAUUACCCAAAGCUUCUAGAAUAUAUGCUGGUGUAUGAGAUGCCUUGGUUAUUUAGUGCUGCAUGGAAGCUUAUAAAGCAGAUGCUAAAUGCUGAGUCUGUAAAGAGAAUCAAGUUUGUUACAAAGACAAAUGUACAGGAAUACAUCAACAAGGAUCAGUUACUAGGUCAUAUGGGCGGAACAGACCCAUUUGUGUAUAAGUAUGAACCUCCCUGUUUUGAUGUUGGUGGUGGUGGUGAUGAGUUAGAUGAACCUGAUAGUGAAACUCCUGGUAAAAAGAAGUCCAGUAGUAGUAAAGGGGUGACAUUUGCUGAAGAAGAUAAUAAAGUAUACAGAAGCUUAAGUAGUGAUAGCCUCAGUACAGAGAAACUGAAUGGUAACAACAACAGUAAUACAAAUGCGUCAAAUAGUAUACUACGUCAGAGACUUGGUCCACCAUCUAAGCAUAAAAGGCAAGGAAAUAGGGAAGACAACUCUUACAUAGGCAGGCUUCUUACCAUCAGUCCUGCAGAAGAGCUUGAGUUUUUGAUAGAGGAAGGAGUGAAGGAACCCUGUGAUAUAAUUACACUCAAAAAUACUCUGCCUUAUUCCAUAGCUUACAAGGUAAAAACCACAUCACCAGAGAAAUAUCGAGUGAGACCAAGUUCUGGCUUCAUCAAGUCAGGGACAGAAAUUGAAGUGUACAUUCAUCUACAGCAGGGAUACCAAAACACUGUACAAAAAGACAAAUUUCUUAUUAUGGCAAUGGAAGUGACCAAUGAAUCAAACAGAUCAUUUUCAGAACUAUGGAAAUCUGUUCAAAAAGAUUCCAUAAUGGAACAUAGAUUGCGAUGUAUAGCAACUAUUGGUAAAGAUACGGGUAUCUUUGGUGCUGAAUCAAGAGGAGGACCAACCAAACAAGCUGUUACUGAGCUAUCUAAAAAGGUUGACAGUCUAGUUGAGUGCAAUAAUCAUCUACAAAAGACAGUUAAAUAUUUAAUAGUUACCCAUGUGAUCUUAUUGACCGUGUUGUUAGUGGUUGCUAUAGUAACAUUAUACAUGUGGUACAUAAAUGAUACACAAGGAGCACAGACGAAGUGUGCCAUAAGCUGUUAAAGGGACUCCAUUGAUGUACAUUAUAUACAUUAAAAGCAUAAAUGACAUAAAUGACACAGAAGAAGCACCGGUGGUGAAGGACGAUAUAAAGGAACAAAUUUGUUUGAAGUCCUGCAUAUGAUAAUUGAAAACAGCGGCACAAAUCAAAGAAUUUAUUUUCUAUGAAAUUUAGAAAUAUAUGUAUACUGUAUUAAAAAGAACAAAAGCUUAUAAAUUCAAUCAAAAUUCCUAGAGACAAGAUAUAAAAAUAUUUUUAUGUGAUUGUUCUUUAUCUUUUUGUUUAUUUAAAAGAUAUUUAUAGUGAUACUCACAUUUAUCAAAACAAUGUAAAGAAAGGCUCAAUUAAUAAUGAGCCUUAAUAAUAAUGUUAAUUAUUGAAAAAUAAUUCAAGUGCUGUAAUAUUGCAAAUGUGAAAUUUGUAAGUCCAUGUUUAUGAGGACAUAGUCAGGGAAUGUGAUUAUAAAGAUGUAAGCUUUUGUCUAAAUAUGGUUGAACAUAAUGUGCCUGGAAAUAUUUUUUUUCAAGAUUAAUGUUCCAUUUGAUGUAGGUCUAGACAAAUAACUUGUGUGCAAUAAUUUCUGGUCAUUCCCUCUCUUUGUUUUUCCAGAAUAAUUAUUUUAUUUGUGAAAAAUAACUAAAAAAAGGAAAGUGUUGCAAUGCUUUUCACUCAAAUCUGGCUGAGAAUAGCAAAAAAAACAAAACGAUUUUCAAUGUAUUUCUUAUUAUAUUUCUUAAUUAUCGUUUGCAUAGUUUUCUGUUUUUAGUGUCCCAGCUGAGUGUAAGAAAUUCAAAUUUUAUACUUUUGAACCUCAGUGGAGUUCCUUUAAUCACGUUUUACAAUGAUAUAUGUUUAAAACCAAUUUUCAGUUACUAAAUGAAAAGUGUAUUAUACUUCAUGUGAUUGUGUAUCAGAGUUUCAAAUCGUUGUAUUAUAUAACUUAUGUUAAUUAUUGAAAAAUAAUUCAAGUGUUGUAAUAUUGCAAAAGUGAAAUUUGUAUGUCCAUGUUUAUGGUGACAUAGUCAGAGAAUGUGAUUAUAAAGAUGUAAGCUUUUGUCUAAAUAUGGUUGAAAUAUUAUUGCAUCCGCAUUCAUCUCGUAGCAGUAUUAAUGUUGUGUAUAUAUGUUUGUUUUGAUGUUUUAGUUUUAUUUGUUAAGAAAUCAAUACAAGAUUGCAAAUCUAUUUUGAAAAACAUUGAUCAUUAAUAGAAUAGUAAUAUGUGGUCUAUGAAACAAUGGCGUAUCUUUUAAAUUCUAAUUUUUGUAUAAUAAUGAUUGUAUAAAUAGUUCCUUGAUAUGAAAGCAGACAAAAAUUUUAUUGAUUACAGUAUUUAUUAUACACAUAUGAUUAUAAUAGCCACAUUUUUCUUCAGUGUAACAUUUUUUAGUGAUUUGAAUAUGUUUUCAUAUAUAUUAAACUGAGCUAUUAACAAAGUUAGUUCAUUCAAAGUAAAAAAAAUAGGUACUAUGUAAGAUUCAGGAAGUUAUAUGUGGAAUAAGAAAUGUACAAUAAGAGGGGAUUAAUGCACUUUUUUACAAACAUUAACAUCUGUAGAGGAUGCAUUUAAAGUCUGAGCCCACAGGUCGGUGGAUUUAUUAUGUCUGAGGGCUUCUGCAGCUGUUAAUGCACGAAAAAAGGUGCAGUAGCCUUAUUCUUGCAUAUAAAUAUACGUCUACAUCGGUGUUUCAGCGUUUCCCUAUUUGUAUUAAGAAACCGUUGCUUGUGCCAUGCUUUCCAUGUGCUAGUGUGAUGUCAUGUGACAAUUUUUACAAUGCACCCGGAGUCGAACAUAUUGAAAACUGUGCAACAACGGUAUGUGGUCAUGAGAAUCUUAUCCUAUUCUCUUAUCUAUUUAUGUAUGUUUUUCUUUCUCUGUUUAUGUAUACCUUUGUUCCCAUUUUUAUGCAAGAAUAAGAAUUAAAUAUUCUGUUAUAGUUGCAGUUGUGCAGGAAUUGAAUGAUGUGAUAUAUCCUUAAUAAUUAUGCCCCCAUUUUGAAAAAAAGGGGGUAUAUUGCUUUGCACUUGUCGGUCCGUCGGUCCGUAGACCAAAUGGUUUCCGAGUGAUAACUAAAGAACCCUUAGGCCUAGGAACUUCAAACUUGGUAUGGUGAUUGGUCAUGACCAGUAGAUGACCCCUAUUGAUUUUGGGGUCAAGGGGUCAAAGGUCAAGGUCACAUUGACCUUGAAAGCAAAAACGGUUUCCGAUCAAUAACUAAAGAACCUUAAGGCCUAGGAACUUCAAACUUGGUAUGGUGAUUGGUCAUGACCAGUUGAUGACCCCUAUUGAUUUUGGGGUCAAAGGGUCAAAGGUCAAGGUCACAUUGACCUUGAAUGCAAAAACGGUUUCCGAUCAAUAACUAAAGAACCUUAAGGCCUAGGAACUUCAAACUUAGUAUGGUGAUUGGUCAUGACCAGUAGAUGACCCCUAUUGAUUUUGGGGUCAAGGGGUCAAAGGUCAAGGUCACAUUGACCUUGAAAGCAAAAACGGUUUCCGAUCAAUAACUAAAGAACCUUAAGGCCUAGGAACUUCAAACUUGGUAUGGUGAUUGGUCAUGACCAGUAGAUGACCCCUAUUGAUUUUGGGGUCAAGGGGUCAAAGGUCAAGGUCACAUUGACCUUGAAAGCAAAAAACGGUUUCCGAUCAAUAACUAAAGAACCUUAAGGCCUAGGAACUUCAAACUUGGUAUGGUGAUUGGUCAUGACCAGUAGAUGACCCCUAUUGAUUUUGGAGUCAAGGGGUCAAAGGUCAAGGUCACAUUGACCUUGAAUGCAAAAACAGUUUCUGAUCAAUAACUAAAGAACCUUAAGGCCUAGGAACUUCAAACUUGGUAUGGUGAUUAGUCAUGACCAGUUGAUGACCCCUAUUGAUUUUGGGGUCAAGGGGUCAAAGGUCAAGGUCACAUUGACCUUGUAAGCAAAAACGGUUUCCGAUCAAUAACUUAAGAACCUUAAGGCCUAGGAACUUCAAACUUGGUAUGGUGAUUGGUCAUGAUCAGUAGAUGACCCCUAUUGAUUUUGGGGUCAAGGGGUCAAAGGUCAAGGUCACAUUGACCUUGUAAGCAAAAAACGGUUUCUGAUCAAUAACUAAAGAACCUUAAGGCCUAGGAACUUCAAACUUAGUAUGGUGAUUGGUCAUGAUCAGUAGAUGACCCCUAUUGAUUUUGGGGUCAAGGGGUCAAAGGUCAAGGUCACAUUGACCUUGUAGGUAAAAACGGUUUCCGAUCAAUACCUAAAGAACCUUAAGGCUUAGGAACAUCAAACUUGGUAUGGUGAUUGGUCAUGAUCAGUAGAUGACCCCUAUUGAUUUUGGGGUCAAGGGGUCAAAGGUCAAGGUCACAUUGACCUUGUAGGUAAAAACGGUUUCCGAUCAAUAACUAAAGAACCUUAAGGCCUAGGAACUUCAAACUUGGUAUGGUGAUUGGUCAUGAUCAGUAGAUGACCCGUAUAGAUUUUGGGGUCAAGGGGUCAAAGGUCAAGGUCACAUUGACCUUUUAAUUAAAAACGGUUUCUGAUCAAUAACAAAAGAACCCUUAGGCCUAGGAACUUCAAACUUGGUAUGGUGAUUUGUCAUGACCAGCAGAUUACUCCUAUUGAUUUUGGGAUCAAGGGGUCAAAGGUCAAGGUCACAAUGACCUUGUAAGUAAAAACGGUUUCUGAUCAAUAACUAAAGAACGCUUCGGCCUAGAAACUUCAAACUUGGCAUGGUGAUUGGUCAUGACCAGCAGAUGACCCCUAUUGAUUUUGGGGUCAAAGGUCAAGGUCACAUUGACCUUGUAUGUUAAAACGGUUUCCGAUCAAUAAUAAGAGAACCCUUAGGCCUAAGAACUUCAAACUUGGCAUGGUGAUUGGUCAUGACCAGCAGAUGACCCCUAUUGAUUUUGGGGUCAAGGGGUCAAAGGUCAAGGUCACAUUGACCUUGUAGGUAAAAACGGUUUCUGAUCAAUUUACUAAAAACGCCUAGGCCUAGGAACUUCAAACUUUGUUUGAUGAUUGGUCGUGACCAGCAGAUGACCCCUAUUGAGUUUUUGGUCAAGGGGUCAAAGGUCAAGGUCAUGACCAGUAGAUACUUUAUAACCCUUAUUAAUUGUUUGAUCACUGGGUCAGAAGUCAUGCAUAAUAACCUUAUCACAUGACUAAUUGGCUGCUGAUAGGGGGCAUACAUGUUUUACAAACAUAUCUUGUUUUUCUACUGUUGCCUGGAAUUGUUUUGUAUCCAUGCUUGUCCACACAGAAGUAUUAUAAAUGUAAUAAAAUGACUUGAAUGAUGAAGAUAAUAUGAUAUAUAAUUAUAUGUUACUUUAUUUAGACUGACAAAAUAGAUGCCCAAUGGCCAUCAUAUAUGAUUGUAUAACAUGGGUACUAUUUUAUACUGCUAUGGACUAUGUGUAUAUAAAAAAGAAACAAGACAGUAAAAGAUGGGCUAUAUAUAUUAAUAAAACCAUCUUCCAUUAUAAAAGAUAAGUACAAAGAUUGUUACAUUUUAAUUAAAUAUUAUGUCAAUUUUUUGCCAGUAUGUUCAAAUAAACAAAGUUGCAAUGCUUUGUGCUUUAGGCAUGGGUAUUAAAAAUGGGUAUUUUCAAAUCAGUACAGAAUUGGAUGAUGAUAUGUACUGUAAAGUUUUGAUAAAUAACCUUAAAAUUUUUUCUCCAUUAACUGUAAAAAAGUGUUUGUGUGUGUGUGUUUGGUUUGUUUACCCUCGCCACCGGACUGAACCAUAUGUUUUAAGCAUUUCUCCGUUCUAGUAGAAAUUUUGUGUUGUUGUAGGACAUGUGUUAUAAGGUCAUAUUGAAAGGAAUUUACAUGAAUGCUAUGCUGCUAUGCUUGUUUUCCAAUCUAUACAUAUUGUGAUGUUAAAAUGGUACAUGUUUGUAAAUUUGUUAUAUGAAAUAUGCUUUUGAAUGUAGGUGUAUUACACUAUUAUGAUUCUAUAUAUUUAGAGAGAGUGACUGAAUGUCUUUGUUAAUGUGAACAUGUGAAUGUGUAGCUAGAAAUACAUAUUGAGGAAAGAAGGAUAAUAAUAAAAGCACAACUUUUCGAAGAAUAAGGAGAGAUAUAGUACUCAGCCAGGUGUCAGUGUCAGCAUCAAACUUUGGUUUAAUUUUUUCAUGCAAGACAGUAUCCCCACUGAAGGGAUAGGUUGAAACUUCACACACUUAUUUGAGAGUGUAAUUGGAGGUCAUUAUUUGAGGCACCAUUACUCUAACAUGGAUUUUGAUGGUAUUAUGUGGCCUUUGUUUAACUUAGAAAAUCUACAUUUUCCAGGCUCUUGUUACACUAUCAAGCACAAGAAUAGUUGAGCACUCUUUCCUACCAAAAGCUCUUUUUGAUUAUAAGACCUUACCCCCACAAUACCUGAUUUUUGUAUACUGGGAACAUUUGUGUUUGAUGUUAAGAUAGAAAGUUUAAAGCAAGCCACAUUACAUAACAUUGUUACCAUGUCAUGACAUUUUUUUUUGUUUAAAUUUAUUAUGAAAUGUUUUUUUUGUUGUAUUAUAUGAGGUUAUGACAUUCAAUAGAAUAUAUUUUUUGGCUUUGGUUGGAUUUCAAGUUGCACCAGCACUGUUAUGGUUAUUUGGCGUUUUUUCCAGCUUUACUGGUGGUGGAAAUCCCUAUGUGUUUUAUUUCAGGCACAAGUGGGCGCCUGAGUAAAACUACUGAGCCUUAUCAUAUGAAAAAAUCUAAUAGAUAAGAAAUGUUAACAGAAAGACCCUCUGUUGUGUUUUUUUAUUGCAAGGUUGUACAUGUAUAUUAAACAAAAUUGAGCUGCGUCAUGACAAAACCAACAUAAUGGGUUUGCGACCAGCAUGGAUCCAGACCAGCCUGCGCAUCAGGUAGUCUGAUCAGGAUCCUCCAACCCUUUUACAAGUAAAACUGAUCAGGAUCUAUGCUGUUCGCUUACAAACCCUAUUACAAGUAGAGAAACUGAGAGCGAACAGCAUGGAUCCUGAUCAGACGGCGCGGAUGCUCAGGCUGGUCUGGAUCCAUGCUGGUCGCAAACGCAUUAUGUUGGUUUUGUCAUGACGCGGCCAAAAUUUUCUUGACUUGCUUGCACAUUUUACUUUUUUUGGGGUUGGUUUUCAUUUUGUUCAUUAAUGGCAUUGUUAUUAAAGGGUAGAGAGAAUAAAAAAAUGCUUCCCAUACAUUUUUAGAAAGUUUAUAAAAAACGCUUUCUUUAAUCUAGCAUAUUUUUAUACCUUACAAGUAUACAGGUUAGUAAAAAAAAAAUUUAGUCAACUUAGGUAGCUGAAAAUUAAUUUGCAGUAUGUUUAAUGCAGAUAAUUGAUAAAAUUCUGUUUUAUUUUAUGAAAUAAGUCGACUAAAAGGAAUUUAUCAAGGAACCUAAAGUUAUCAAAUAAUUUGUUAUAUAUUUCUAACAGAGUUUGUAAUCUUAUUUUGUAUAUUAAUUCUAUUAUGAUUAAUUUAAUUGAAUUAAAGAGUGGUUUUUUAGUGAUGAAUUUUACAUUUUAUUCCUGUUUGAUUAGCAUGUGAUAUUUUAGAAAGGAAGGAGUUACAGCGAGAAGCAUGAUUUGAGUCGCUUAACAUUUUGAUGAACUUUCAGUAAAUUGGAAUAGAUUUGGAGGGUAGAUUCCGGAGUACUUGGUGUAAUAUUACAUGACAGUCACGUUCAUAAAAUGAAACAAUUUGGCUUAUUAUAUAAAACAGUGCCUUUUUUAUUGAUAACUGAAUAUGCUUUGUUAUGCUAUAUGUGAUUUAUAUGGUACUAAAAUUAUUGUCAUUGUUAUAAUUUUAAAUAAUAAAGAUAUGAAUUGCUAAUAA